UUUUUUUCCCUAAGGAGUUGGUUUAAAUAGAAAGGCAGAAACUACCUGAUUUACCAAAGUCUUCAUUUUCUUUCCUGCCCAACGACCCACGCCAAGAACAUCCGAUUAACCUCGAUUUGACGAUUUGCUCAGACCUUCGUUGGAAUGGCAGAAGGGAAGUAACCUUAGAAACCACAAGGAAAAGGAAGGAGAAGUCAAUCAAGAAAGAGCUCCAGAAACCUUGGGUGGAGCUCCGACUAGUGGGAGGACAAAAAUCAGAGGGCGAUCUGUCAAAAAUUGAAGCGAUCUGAAGAAACAACAAAGAUGGAGGGAGUCGGAGCGCGACUGGGACGUUCGUCUACUCGAUACGGACCGACCACGGUGUUUACCGGUCCUGUCCGGCGGUGGAAGAAGAGAUGGGUGCACGUUUUGCCGUCGUCGAAUAAUAAUUCUGCCCACCACAACGGUGGUCAGUUUCAUUCCAAUCUGAAUUCCAACGGUACCGCUGCCACCGCUCCCGGCGCAGCUAAUGGUAAUCACAGUAGUUCGCAUGUCUUGCUUUAUAAGUGGACUCCUUUAACCCAAUCCAAUAACAGCAACACCACCACCACCAGCAAUAAGGAGAGCGGCGGCGUUGCUGUUGCUACCGACGAUGCGCCUGAGGAACCCCAAAGGCGUAAAUGCAAAUACAUCCCGGUGGCUUUGUUAGAGGCGCAGAGAUUAGAGGCUGAUGAAGAAAUGAUUGAUAGUGAAGUUAAACCAAGCGACGGCGAUGGAAUUGCCGAUGACCCAGUUUCUACAUCUGCUGGGGUUGAUGAAAAACCUGAUAUUAAUGAGUCUCCAAAAGAAAGCCAGGAUGAUGAACAGGUGGUACGGCAAGACCUCAAUGAGAGUACCUUAGAUUUGUGCUUAGAAUUGAACUCGCAUGAUCAUGAUUCUGAAUCAAAACCUGAGGAGCUUGGUGAAACAAAAUCCGUUCAGGUUGAUGAUUCGGUUCCUUCUUGAAAGGCCGUGUUAAAUUUGUUUGUUCUUGAUUUGAAGACACUUUAUACCUUGAGUUGAUCAUUUGGUCAAAAGUUUUUGUUCAUCUCAGAGGCAGGCACAUUUGCACUUCCAAUUUGGGUUUCUUUCCUCGGCUGCAGACUUAACAGGGAUUGAUGCUUCAAGAGAGUCAAUAUUUAGAUUUCAGAUGAGUAAUGGCUAAAUUUUAAUCCACCAGGGUUGUUUCACCAUUGACAAUUCCACUUUUUUUAACUCAGAUCUUUUUCGGCUUUUAUGUUGUGAACAUUACCUUCUAUUAUUCUUUUUGUUUAGCAUCUUUUCUGUUGUUCAUUACAAGAGACAUCUAUGUUUUACAUUUACAUCAAUCAUACUAGUCACUAGUCACUGGUCAGUUGAAAGUGAAGUCCAAACAAUGAAAUGCUUUGUUUUGGGAGCCAUCAUUCCUGCAUUAAUUUUUCCUGCUUCUACUUGAUCUGGACGCCAAAUCCUCCGACCCAAACGAAGCAAACCCCAAACCACAAGUAUUUCUCUUUGAAGGGGCUCAGAUUUGUAUUCAAACCUUCCCUUGUCUGAUAAAGCUUCUUUCUUAGCUGUUGGGGAAUAUGGUCUUCUGCUUAUGUUGUUGUAGCUCUGUGGAAGGAUGGGAUAGCUAUGCAUGUACAGGUAUUGACGAUGAUGAUGUUGAUGGUGAGGAUGAUGAGCUGACAGAUACACAGCCUUUCAGCCGUUCAAGAAUGAGGUUGCGGCUAACUAGUCUGGCAUGCGAAGUAAGAGGAAGACCCUAUUUCAUGCACUCGUCAUAGUUCUCCAAAGCACAGACAAUAUCGCUGAAAUCUGGUCGCUUUGAUGGAUUGGCAGCCCAACAACACUUGAUUAAGUGCGCAAGUGCAGGCUGACAGCUUGCUGGCAGUGGGGUCGUUCUUUCUGUCGGAAACAACAGCAAAUGAAGGUGGAUACAAACUUUAGAAAUAGAGAUUGUGGCUUAUUCGAAGACUCAUUACAUGGAUGCACAAGUUUAUUGGCAUAGAAUGAGGGGGAAAUCCACUACAAACAGUGAAAGUCUUUACCUUCUCAGCCACUGCAAAUGCGGCCUGGACUGGAGUCAUUCCUUGAAAUGGAAGCAAAGCCGUGAUGGCUCCCACAAUACAAUCCCAAAGCUAUAGACGUCGACUUUACGAGUGUAAGUUUUCUCCUUGACCAUCUCGGGUGCCAUCCAGCGAUAGGUGCCUUUAUUUCCUUUAGUCUCCUGGCAUUGUGUCUCGAGGCAUGAAGUCCCAAAAUCUUCCACCUUAACACGCAUCUCAUCAUUCAGAAGCAAGUUGUUUGAUUUCAAGUCUCUGUGAAUUACACCUUGUGAGUGAAGGUACUCCAUCCCUCGUGAUAUGUCGAGAGCUAGCCUCAGAACCGUCUCAGUUGAUAGCGAGUAGUGCUCUUUCUUGUUCAGGUACAUUCUGAGUGUUCCUUGUGACAUAUACUCUGUGAUGAUACAGUACACAGGGGGUUUCUUGCAUGCAGCAAUGAACUGAGUAAUGUACAACAACAACUUCAAUAGGACGCAUGAGCUUGAUGGAAAAUCAAAUGGCACAUUUAGCAGCCCUAUAUACCCUGAAAGUUAGGUGCAUUUGAUGAAUCAGAAUCAUGGGUUAUUGUUCUUACAGUGGCCUAUCCUAUAUAAUACUAUUCUCGCUCAGCUAACGACAGUGACCUGCAAUGGCAUCAAUGUCGGUUGCCAACCAGCCGAAGGUAUCAUGCCAUAUGCUGUAGCAGCUUUGUAAGCAAAUGCAUACACAGAGCUCCACGAGAAAGAGGGGAACAGUUAGUUACCUGCACUAUAUUGGGAUGAUAGAGUCGGGAAAGCAGAGCAACUUCAGAUUUAAACUGCUGCUCGAGGACAGAUCUGGUCUCUUCCUUGUGGCUAGGGAUCCUGACCAUUUUGACAGCAACUGCUCUCUGCUUGUAAAUCCCUCGAUGUAUCCUACUGUGCGCCCCAGAGGCAAACUUGUUCCCUAUAAACAGCUGCGAAAGGUCUGCUGUCCACUCCUCUUCGUCUUCCUUGGGAGAGGCCUCCCACGUCUCCACGUUCUCGGACUCCAGUAUCAUGGACCAAGAUUCCAAGCUGUCGAACCUCUUCCCCUCCAUGUUCUCCUCGAAAUUCAGCUGGUGCUCUCUCUACGACAUGGGAGGCAUUCGUAAUCUCCGCUUGCUCCUGGGUUUUCCAAGGCGGAAAGCAGGGAAACAAGAACCAGCCAUUCCAACACUAAAUAACUAACUUUGUUGAACAAGGGGGAAAACAGAGGAUGCAAUGAUCAGAAGAGAGAGCCGUACGUUUUCCUUCUGAAAGUGUGCAUGGAUUUCAGGAAGUGCAUGAACUGAUUCAGAAACAUGGGUUGUGUGGGGAGAUUAUCAACUCAUCGAUUGGAUAGAAGGAGAAGAACGUUGACGAUGAAUCCUCCUGACAAUGGAAGAAAAUGAUGUCUUCGACGUACAAAAACAGAGAGAAGAUUUCAAGCUCUCAUGUCAGGAAAGAAACCCUGCUGCAAGAAUGCAGGAAGGGAGUGGCAAGAGGGUGAAGAGAGAGAUGACGACAUUGCGAGGAGGGAGGUUGAUUGGAUGAGAUUAGAGAGCUGGGUUUUGGAACUGAAAUGGAAAGCAAAAUGAUGAAUUUCAGGGACGUCUCGUCCCUCUCGUGAUUGUCUCAUCUGAAAGUUGUGCCUUUUUAGUUGGAAUGGAAGGAAAGGAAAGGAAGGCAGCUUUUUCCUCUUCCUUACGCCCUCUCUGCUUUACGUAUUCCUUCUACAAGUUCUAGCCCGGUAAACCCCUUCUCCAGUUCUCCCUUCCCUCCCUCUAGUCUGAUGAAUGGUUGGACUGAUUAAUUAUGUAAAGUACAUGGACAUCAAUGUCGACUGUAGCUAAUGGCUAAUUAUUGUUUGGGACAGUAAUUCAAGAACUGAGUUCAUAUCAAGCUCCAUGAAUUUUAGGGUAAAGUAACAUGGAUACAUAUACUGUAAGUCUGUAACGGUUUCAUAAGUAGUGU